GUUGAUGUUUCGUGACAGUGACGGACUUGUAUUAUUUAAAAAACCGAAUUUGCAAAAUUGGAAAAUAGCAACAAAUGGGUUAGAACUGCUUGAAGUUUUCAAGUACGAAAUGGAAAGCGGAAUGGAAUGUUGUGAAAUCGAACUAACUUAGUGUUACAUAAGGUAUUUACCCCUUCUCGCAACACAAAAAAUUGCAUAACGUUGUUGAACUUUAUUCGAAAAAGCAUCAGUCGGUGGCAGUGAACGAUUCCUGAUAAACAAUCAAGUCUGUGUAACGUUUUACGACGUUUUAAAAUGUCCAAACUAUUUAGAUAUUAUGGUGAAUUGUGUGCCACUCAUCCUUGGGAAGUAAUUGUAGCUGUGCUAACGCUGACAGCAUGUUUUUUGACUGUAGAAAAACAGGUAAUCCCAGUUACACAAAAACAGCCCCCAUGUGUUGGUGGCUGCUUGGAAGAACAAUUUCAUGCUGCUGAUAUGGUCCUCAUGACCGUUAUUAGAUGCCUGGCUAUUAUGUAUAGUUAUCAUCAAUUUCGAAACUUGCAAAAUUUAGGAUCAAAGUACAUCUUAGGGAUUGCAGGCUUGUUUGUUGUGUUUUCCAGCUUCGUAUUUACCUCAACUUUGCUCAGUUUUCUUCACAUCGAUCUUGUGGAUCUCAAAGAUGCUAUGUUUUUCUUCUUACUGCUCAUUGACUUAUCCAAAGCUGCUACUUUAGCACAAUUUGCUUUAACCGCUUCUAGUACGGAGGAUAUAAGUAAGCAGAUAGCUAGAGGAGUGUCUGUCUUGGGCCCCACUUUAACUCUGGAUACACUUGUGGAAACUCUGGUGAUCGGUGUAGGAACACUGUCAGGAGUAAAGAGACUAGAAAUGCUCUCAUAUUUUGCAAGCCUAUCAGUUAUUGUAAAUUAUGUAAUAUUCAUGACAUUCUAUCCAGCCUGUUUAAGUCUCUUAUUGGAGCUUGGCCGGAUUUCCAAUUUUUAUGGAGAAAAACAGCAGUUUAUAAGGAAAAAGUUACUCGAGGAAAAUGACAAAUCGAAUCCUGCAGUGCAAAGAGUGAAAUUGAUAAUGUCGUUUGGCUUAUUAGUGGUUCAUCUGCAUAGUCGCUGGGGAGUUAAUGAUGAGUUUCAAGAGUCAAUUAACAACCUGAAAGAGUCUGUAGAUUGUUCAGAUGAUACGUCCUUCUAUGGUUUUAUGAUGAAACAGUUCGUACUGGGUGCGGAUCAUAUAGUAAUUCUUAUUCUUCUACUAACGUUAAUGAUCAAGUUCAUCUUCUUUGAGCCUAAAGAGCAAUUAAAAGAACAGCUGGAACAAGAUGUUUUAAUUGAACUCAAGAAGGACAUCCAGAGUAAACGAUCUCACAUUCGAACAACAUCAAUAAAUGCCGAAUCUCAGACCGAAGGUCUUCGUUUAGAAUUCCUAGACUUUGAAGAUGGCACUAGUGAUAAAGACACUGAUGUGUCGCGAAGCCUCCAAAGCUGCCUGGAAAUUUAUCGCACUGAUAGUGGAGCUUCUCAACUUUCCGAUAAGGAAAUCAUGAUGCUUGUGGACACUAAACAUAUCCCGGCGUAUAACUUGGAAAAGGCUGUUCAAAACCCGGAAAGAGGAGUGAAAAUUAGACGUAAAAUGAUUGAGAACCAGAUUAAGCAAUCAGUCUUCCAUACUAUGCCUUAUAAAGAUUACGACUAUAGUAAAGUGAUGGGUACUUGUUGUGAAAAUGUUGUUGGGUAUGUGCCGAUUCCUUUAGGAGUCGCAGGACCGUUGCUGCUAGACGACCAAUUUUAUUAUAUUCCAAUGGCCACAACUGAAGGAUGUUUGGUUGCCAGUACAAAUAGAGGUGAGUUUAUCKUUUAUAACUUCUUUAGAAGAUUAGUUUUAAGGGCAAUUUCUAACAUGAAUGCACCGAACAGGUGUCCAAACAAAUGUCUUCGAUUACCUAAURUUUACUAUUUGAUGUUUUCGCUCUUUCGACUAUAAUUUAUUUGGCUUUCU